UCUCUUGCGUUCGAUGGAGAAAUGUACGUGCCUGCCUGUUCUAACAUCGCGGAGAGAAACACAAAAUAAAAUAUAAAAAAAAAAUCCAUUUUUGAAAUUAAACGAUCAAUUUCCAGUCUACUACAGUUCGUUCUCUCCACACAAACCAAAAAAAAAAAAGACGACGGACACAAAAGUUACUACAUAAGAAUUUUUUAUUUUAACUUUUAUUUUAUUCUUAAAAAAUACAAUACAACAAAAUAUAAAAAGAAAAAACCUAUCGUGUGUGAUUUUGUUAAUAUUAUAAUUCUUUUUAAAUUUAGUUUUUAUUCGUUCUUUUGUGUUUUUUCCCAUAAAAUAUAAAAGAAAGAAAAACCUAUAAAAUAGUUAAAGUUAGUGGGACGACGACGAAUUGGGCAACAAAAAUUUAAAGAGAGAAAAAAGAAAAGAAAAGAACAACUUCCUUUAUUCAAUCAACCAACGCUUUGUAACGAGCCAAAGGUUGCCACAUCUCAAUUUAUCGUCCUCAUCAUCACCAUCAACUCUUCACAAAUUGUGUUUUUAUUUGUAAAAUUGCUUUCGAAAUAAUAACGCACAAUGGCCGAAGACACAGAGUACAAAAAACUGCCCGUCGAAGAGCGUUGUGUUCACAAACUAUGGAAAGCUCGUGUAGAUGGCUAUGAAGAAGCUGCUAAAAUAUUUCGCGAAAUUGAUGAUGAGAAAUCACCAGAAUGGAGUAAAUUCAUGGGACUCAUUAAAAAAAUGGUUGUCGAUUCGAAUGUUGUGGCCCAAGAAAAGGGUCUUGAAGCUGCAUUGAUAUUUGUAGAAAAUUGUGGUCAUGCUGGCAAAACAGUUGGUGAUGUUAUGUCUGGAAUUGUACAAAAAUGUAUUGCAGCUCCAAAAGCCAAAACAAAAGAACUUUCUGGACAAAUUGCAUUAAUGUAUAUAGAAAUUGAAAAACACGAAGCUACUCUGGAGGAACUUAUAAAAGGAAUGGAUCAUAAAAAUCCAAAAAUAGUUUCAGCUUGUGUGGCAAUUGUAACAAAUGCUUUAAGAGAUUUUGGUAGUAAAGUUAUUGCAGUUAAGCCGUUGAUUAAGAAAUUGGCACCAUUAAUGAGUGAUCGUGAUAAGACUGUGAGAGAAGAAGGCAAACAGUUGGCUAUUGAAAUAUAUCGUUGGAUUGGAGCUGCAAUGAAAGCACAGAUAGCAUCAUUGCCUCAAGUUACAAUCACAGAAUUAGAAAAUGAAUUUGAAAAACUCAAAGGAGAAAAACCAGAGCCAACAAGAUAUCUUAAAUCUCAACAAGAAAAACAACAAGCUAUUUCCGCAGCAGCCGCAGAAAAUGAUGAUAAUGGCGAGGUUGAUGAAGAGGAUGGCGGAGGUGAUGAAAUUGAUCCCAUGGAUCUCAUUGAUCCUGUUGAUAUCCUCUCAAAAAUGCCAAAGGAUUUCUUUGAGAAAUUGGAAGACAAAAAAUGGACAGUUCGUAAGGAAUCACUGACGGCAUUGGAAAAACUUGUAACAGAGAAUCCCAAGUUGGAAAGUGGUGAUUAUGGCAAUGUUGUGCUGGCUCUGAAAAAGGUCAUCACAAAGGAUACAAAUGUAGUUCUUGUUGCUAUGGCUGGCAAAUGUAUGGCAAUGUUGGCAAAAGGACUUGGAAAACGAUUUUCUACUUAUGCAACUGCCUGUGUUCCUGCUAUAUUGGAAAAGUUCAAAGAGAAGAAAGCUAACGUUGUUACUGCUCUACGAGAAGCCAUUGAUGCUAUUUACCCAUCAACGUCAAUGGAAGCAAUACAAGAAAGUAUUAUAGAAUCACUAAGCAAUAAAAAUCCGAAUGUUAAGUCUGAAACUGCAUCGUUCCUGGCGCGGGCUUUCUCCCGGACACAGCCUGCAUCGUUAAAUAAGAAAUUGCUCAAACUUUUGGUCACAUCCCUGUUGAAGACUCUCAACGAACCAGAUCCAAUUGUGAGAGAUUGCUCAGCAGACGCUAUUGGAACAUUGUUAAAGCUAAUGGGAGAAAAGGCUGUUGGCUGUUUUCUCACUGAUGUGGAUGCCUUGAAAAUGGCAAAAAUCAAAGAAUGUCAAGAGAAAGCAGUCAUAACUAUCAAAGUGGCUGGUGUGAAGAAGGAACGUCCUGCUACAGCACCAGCCAAAGCAGCAGCACCAACUAGAGGUGGUUCAAGUGAACCAAAACCUGUUGCUCGACCAGCAACAGCUGGUGGAAAGAAACCAAUUGCAAGAAAAGCUGUUGGUGGAGGCGGCGGUGGUGGUGGAGGAGGAGGAGGCGGUGGAUCAGCUCUAGCUAAAUCGGCAAGUUCGGGCAAAGUGUUACCCACGGAAAGAGAAAUGUCACCGGAAGAAGUUGCUGGCAAAGCUGAGGAAUUACUUGAUGCAGAUAUUCUCUCAGGACUUCAAGAUUCCGUGUGGAAAGCUCGAUUGGCUGCUGUCGAAAAGUUAUUCGAUCAAAUCAAAGACUUUGAUCCAAAGACCCCAGGUAUAUCGCAAAUUAUUGUGAGAACAAUUAGCGGAAGAAAACCAGGACUUAAGGAAAUGAAUUUUCAAGUUUUAAAAAUUAAACUCGACAUUAUCCGCAUGUGUGCCGAGACUUUUCCCUUUACCACAAUCACCGCUGAAACUGUCAUCAAUGAAGUGACUGAAAAGUUGGCAGAUGUUAAAAAUGGUGCAGUGGCUGCUCAAGUACUAACUGCAUUUGCCGAAGCGACAAAACUUGAAAUUAUUGUUUCUAAAGUUUUAACAUUUGCUUUUGAACAGAAGUCACCCAAAGUCCAAUCGGAGGCUUUGAAUUGGGUUAAUCAAUCGAUUCAAGAGUUUGGUUUUCAAUUGAAUCCUAAAAUGCUCAUUGAGGAUGUAAAGAAAGGUGUGCAGAGCACUAAUCCAACUGUCCGAGGAGCAGCAAUCUCGUUGGUAGGCACAAUGUCAAUGUACAUGGGCAACACUCUGAUGAUGUUCUUUGAUAGCGAGAAACCAGCCCUAAAGACACAGAUACAAACUGAAUUCGAUAAGAAUGUCGGACAGAAGCCUCCAGCACCUAUUCGUGGUGUUAAGAAGUCAGCAGGUGGUGGUGGAGGUAGUGGAAAUCCUUCAGAUGGUGAAGAUGAUGAUGAAGGACCACAGGAAACAAUGAAUAUUGCUGAUCUCUUGCCACGAAUUGAUAUCUCGUCACAGAUAACCGAAUCUCUUCUCACAGAAAUGUCCGAUAAGGAAUGGAAGACACGCAACGAGGGUCUAGCCAAGCUUCAAAAUGUUCUAAAUGAAGCCAAAUUAAUUAAGCCUUCUAUUGGUGAUUUGCCAACUGCUUUGGCACAUCGUUUGGUUGACAGUAAUGCAAAGAUUGCACAAACUGCAUUGGCCAUUUGCCAGCAAUUAGCCACAGCAAUGGGACCCUCGUGUAAAACGCAUGUUACUACCCUAUUUCCUGGUUUUCUGCAUGGCUUGGGCGAUAAUAAAGCUUUUAUUCGAACAGCUAGUUUAACUUGCAUUAAUAUCUGGGGAGAACAAUGUGGCUAUAAGGAGUUCUUUGCUGGAGAAAUGAUUGCCGAUGCUUUGAAGUCUGGAAGUCCUGCACUAAAAACCGAACUCUGGGGUUGGUUAGCUGAGAAACUCCCUGCUAUUCCACCCAAGACAAUUCCUAAAGACGAACUCCUAGCAAUGCUGCCUCAUUUGUAUGCAAAUAUUUCCGAUCGAAAUGCAGAUGUGAGGAAAAAUGCCAAUGAAGCUGUUCUCGGCAUCAUGAUUCAUAUGGGCUUCGAAGCAAUGGUCAAGGCUUUGGAUAAACAAAAACCCUCAUCGAAGAAAGACAUUCAAGCGGCUUUGGAUAAGGCACGUCCAAAUUUACCUAUGAAACCUUUGCCCAAGGGUAAACAACAAGCACCCAUUAUGGAAGAAACUACCAAAACAGUCAAGGCAGGCAGUGGCAAAACCGUCAAACCACAAGCAAAGGGUGGCGAUAAAGUUGCAACUUCAAAGAAAAAGGAAGAAGAUGUUGAUACAUCACCAUUGCUGGCAAUCAAUAACACAAAGAAUCAACGUUUAAUUGAUGAACAGAAAUUACGAGUUCUCAAAUGGACUUUUACAACGCCGCGAGAGGAAUUCACUGAAUUGCUGCGUGAACAAAUGAAUACAGCCAACGUUAAUAAAGGACUUAUGGCAAAUAUGUUUCAUGAUGAUUUUAGAUAUCACUUAAAAGUGAUUGAAUCCCUGAAUGAAGAUUUGCCCAACAACAGCAAAGCCUUAGUUUGUAAUUUGGAUUUGAUAUUGAAAUGGUUAUCGCUCCGUUUCUAUGAUACCAAUCCUUCGGUUUUGCUCAAAGGAUUAGAGUAUCUUAAUUUAGUAUUCCAAUCGUUGGUUGAAAUGGAAUAUUUUUUGGCUGAAAAUGAAGGCAGUGCUUUUAUUCCACAUUUGUUAUUAAAGAUUGGUGACCCUAAAGAUACAGUCCGUAAUGGAGUUCGAACACUCCUUCGUCAAAUUGUCCUUGUUUAUCCUUUUACAAAAGUUUUUGUCUAUGUAAUGGACGGAUUGAAGUCUAAAAAUGCUCGCCAAAGGACUGAGUGUUUGGAUGAGUUGGGAUACCUCAUUGAAACUUAUGGCCUCUCAGUGUGUCAGCCUACACAACAAGUUGCAUUAAAAGAAAUCGCAAGACACAUCUCAGAUCGUGAUAAUUCGGUCCGAAAUGCCGCAUUGAAUUGUGUCGUUCAGGCAUACUUUUUAGCUGGCGAUCGUGUCUACAAACUCAUUGGGCAACUUACUGAGAAGGAUUUAUCAAUGCUGGACGAACGUAUCAAACGGGCUAAAAAGACCAAGAAGCCAACACCUCCAUUGGAAGUCACAAAGACACAAGCAGCAAGUGCUGUUGUCCAUCAAGACAGUAUUGAAAUUGAAGAUCCUGUAGCCAAUACCAGUGAUGAGCUACCUCCGCCAGAUGAGCAGCAAUCACCUACAGUCCAAAGUUCUCAGUAUUCGGCCGAAGCGAAUAGCUCCAACGAAGAGAGAGAAAUGAGAAGUUCCCUAAUAAGACAAGCAACUUUCGAUCAACCCAUAAUGUCCAACAAUCCACCAAAACCAUCGGGUCCAUUCGGUCUCGAUCCUAACGUUAUUGCUGAAAUCGAAAAGGAUUGGGUGCGUGUUGAUCAAAUGAAGCAAUCAGAUCCGGCACGUGUAGACAUUUCUUUGCUCUACGAACCCAUAAAAAUUAUUCCAACUCGUGAUGGUGUCCGUUAUCCACAAGAUAAAUUUGAACAACUUAUAUCUAGAUCACGACUUAUGCAACCAUCAGUGCCACCAUCAGCUGGACAAGGUUAUAACUUAAGUCCAUUGCAACAACAACCAAUGAUGUAUCAACAGCAACAAAGAACUUCUGCAAAUAAUUCUCCAAAUUUGGCAGAUGUUUUACCUAAACUGGAUCCUAAUCUAAUUAAGGUCAUAAAAUCAAUUGGCAAUCCAGACUCAAUCACAGCUCGAGCUGCAUUAAAUGAACUCACUGAUAUCAUAGAAUCUCCAGAGAAACAAGCAGUACUGCGAGACUAUGAAGAGCUGUUUAUACAGAGCGUUCUUGCGCAAUUUAAAAAUCUCUCACAACAACCUCUCUCAGAAUCUCUGAUAAUGUACCAACCUCUUCUAUCAAUCACCUAUGGCUUUUUCUAUUCUAAAAAUCUGGGCAAGACCCUCAGCAUUCCGUGUUUGAAAAAUAUUAUGUCUGUGCUGUUAGGUCUGAUGGCCGAUCAAAAACUAAAUAACGGUGAUGAUGGUCAGUAUACGAAAGUGAUGAAUGGAAUUUGUCUGAAAAUUCUUGACAAGACAAAUUUUACAAAUUUGAAUUGUGCCCUUAUACGACUUUUAAAAGAAACCUGUCCCAGUGCUGGCCUUCCAAAAUUCACAGAUCUCCUAAUGAAAUGCAUCUGGCGAAAUGUCAAAACAAUGCCAGAACGAUCAAAUGAAUUGGACUAUGAUGCAGUGUUAUACGAAGUGCAUGACUUUAUGUUGGCAUUACCAAGUACAUGGUGGCAAACACGACCCUCAGAUACUCCAUUGAGAACUGUUAAGACAAUUAUCCAUAAUAUGGCUAAAAUAAAGGGUAAUGCCAUUGUACAACACUUGAGUAAAAUCCCAACACAUUCUGAACUGCAUGCAUACCUAAUAAAAAUUCUAAAGAACCUUCAGAAAGAUGGCAAUAUACCAGGUGCAUCACCACAACGCUCAUCAUCGGCCAAAGAUUUGCAAGCCAAGAGGAUCUCAAAUCAUGCUCACGAGGCAAUGUCGCAAAUAUUCAAAUUGAUUUCGGAUAAAGAAACUAGUCAGCAGGGACUGAGAAAACUUUAUGAUUUUAAGGUUAAAAAUCCAGAAAUCGAUGUGGUGACGUUUUUGAAAGGGGCUAGUCCCAGUUUCCAAAAAUACAUCGAAGAUGGACUUAUUGAAAUUGAGCGAACACAAGGACAAGCUCAAACAACUACAAAUGGUGACAAUAAAUUUGAAUCAAAUUUCCAUCAAGCAUCGACUGGCAGUAAUUUUGGAAUGAGCGUAGGAGGAGAUAAGGCUGACCCAGACUUUUGGAUGGACCGACUUAAUCAUCUAAGAGCCAAAGCUAACCUUGGACCGCAUCGCAGUGCCGAAAUGGGUGGACAUCAUAUGCUGGACAAUAAAGUCGCCGAUGAAAAUUUAAAUUUAAAUCAACUAUCACAAAAAGUUUCACUCAUUCGAAAGGAAAAACCUGAACUUUCUCCAAAUCGCCUGCAACACAUUCAAGCUAAAUUAGCCCAAAUAAAACAGCAACGACAAAGUUAAGUCUCUGUGAAAAACAACAUCUUAUGAAAAUUAAAUAAUAAUAAUCCCUACCAAGAUGUGUGGUGGACAGGACAAAAAAACAAAAGAACAGCAAAAAAAAAUAAA